GGCCGUGUGUUCCGGAGCGGGGGUGGCAGCUCCGCCGAGUCCCGGGCGUGCAUUGUUGUUUUGCUUUUAGUUAUGCCUUGAUACUUUUUUUUCAAGAACGCUGCUGAAUGAAUAGCUAGAUACUCUUCUUUCCCCCUAAAGUUAUGUGUGCAUGCGACCUCAACGCAAGAAGUUCUGGUUUGCAUAGCUUAGAUUUUUCUAAAAGCAUUAUCGUGCAGUGAUAAAGGUAGGACAGGACCUUGACAUGCCUGUGCACAUUUAUCCACGAGAGCCACGAAGCAGUUUGAGGUUCGGUUCAGAUUGCCAGGGAUUUACUUUCUGUGUAACUGUUGCAGGGGUUUAUAAACAGUUCUUGGUAUUUUGUUAGUUACAAAGACAUCAGGUAGUUACCAGCUGUACAUUUCCUUUGCGGGUGCCCGCUGUUCUCUUGUGUCUGCGUUGCAGUGUGACACAUCUUUGGUUCAGAGCUGGCCAUAGGCAGAGGAAAAAACAGCGACCUUCCAGCAGGGCAGAAAGACCAAGCAAGGCAGGUGCAAGGUACAGCUGCAGCAUCUUCCAAUGUUAAGGCUUGGGAAGUGAGCAGAAGUCUAGACAAUUAAUAGUAGAUUUUUUUUUUUUUCUCUCCAAAGCAUACAGAAGCCAUUGGAUAAUAAUUUACAAAUCACAUGUGCAAAGGAGAUGUAGUAGAUGUUGUGGUUUUAUUUUUCUGCUUGGACUUAGGAACUUUGAGUAGAGUCCUUUCUGCUGAUGAGCUUAUAGUGUUGAAAUUAAAUGGAGUUCACUUUCAAAAUGGUUCUGGAACAUGAACUGAAUGUGACCUGUCUGUGCUGUUCUCAUGCAAACAGCAAUCCCAAGAAGAUGGUUUCCUUUAUUAAGGGAUGUACUUGAACACAGGAAGACUGUACAAUAAAAAAAUAAAUAACAUUCAGGAGAAACCUAAGAUGGAUCAUUUGGGCUUUGGUUUUUUGUUUGGGGUUUUUCCAAUUUCUGCAGCAAUUCUAAGAUAUAUGUUCUUGGAUGUCCUGAACAUUUUCUAAAAGUCAGCUUAUCCAUGAUCUUUUACAGGCCUGAAUUUUACUGUUGUUCUGCAUAACUGGGUUUUGUAGACAUGGUGUGCCACCUCCAGUUUUAAAAUAACUGAUUGUUUUAGAAUAUACUUUAUAUGCAUUUUGAGGAAGGACAAGAUGUAGCAUAGGCAGAUAUUAUUCCCCGUUGUAUUACUGUGUCAGAGAACUAAAUGAAGUAUAACUGAAAUUGUCUCCUAUUACUAAGGUAUUGCUGAAAUCCUAAUGAACCGGCCCCACGCGAGAAAUUCACUGGGAAAAGUAUUUGUAGAUGAACUGUUCAGUGUCCUGGAGCAGCUCCGCUUCGAUGAGCAAGUGCGUGUGGUGGUGUUCAAGAGCCAGGUGAAAGGAGUGUUUUGUGCAGGAGCAGAUUUAAAGGAACGUGCAAAGAUGGAUGAUGCAGAAGUUGCAGAGUUUGUUAGAAGACUGAGAAAUCUUAUGGAUGAAAUAGCUGCCCUGCCCGUGCCCACGAUCGCUGCAAUCGAUGGCUACGCCUUGGGCGGUGGAUUAGAGCUGGCCCUGGCCUGUGACCUCCGAGUGGCAGCUUCAUCAGCUAAAAUGGGCCUUAUUGAGACCACACGAGGACUUCUGCCUGGAGCAGGUGGAACCCAGCGCCUGCCCAGAUGUGUUGGAAUAGGUCUUGCAAAGGAACUCAUUUUCACUGGCAGACAGGUUGAUGGAGAACAGGCAGCCUCCAUGGGGCUGGUAAAUCACUCAGUGCCACAGAACAGCGAGGGAGAUGCAGCUUACCAGAGAGCUUUAACUUUGGCUAAAGAAAUCCUGCCCCAGGCACCAUUUGCUGUGAAAAUGGGAAAACUGGCAAUAAACAAAGGAAUGGAGGUUGACAUUGCAUCAGGAAUGGCUAUUGAGGGGAUGUGUUAUGCCCAGAAUAUUCCCACCAGAGACCGUCAGGAAGGGAUGGCUGCCUUCAGGGAGAAGCGACCACCUCAGUUCACUGGCAAAUAAUGCGUUCUGCUUCCCCUUGAGUUUUUGGAAAUAGAGCAGGACUGAGGAGGGCCCACUGAUUUCUUAGGACUAUUUUCAUCACACCAUUCUGUGCACUUAACUCCUUGCCUUGGACUGCAUUUCUAACUAUUCCACUGGAUCGUUUUUCUUUACAAAUCUCCAAAUAAAAAUUUAACUUUGUACAACAGA